AGAGUGUUUCUUUAUUUUUUGGGUGGAGUAAAUGUAACAACAAAAAAAUCAAUCCUGUAAGGAUCAUUGUGAGAAAAAUAUAAUACAUAAUGGAGGUUGAGAUUGGGGAAGAAGGGAAACAAUGAGAUACUUCUAAGAAUCAAAUUAGACAAAUAAAUACAUAACUUUGAUGGUUAAAAGCGAAAAUUCACUAAUAUUUUAAGAAUUGUCAUUUUGCAGCAAACCUUCACACGCUUUAACAAUGACAAAUUCAAAUAUUAAACUCGAGGGAACUCAUAGGUUUCAUCUGAGACAGUUCAUUCAUUUUUCAUUCAUAUAUUUAUUUGUAUGUAUAUAUAAUGGGAGGACUCAUUAUAAGGUGUGCUUAGCAUUAAAUAUGGUUAUGACCAAGUCUCUGUUUCAUCUACUUGUUUGUUUUAUAUAGCUUUACAUAGAUACCAUGUGUUCUUUUGUUGAAUUCUUAAGCCUUCACACUUUUGUUUUAGUCAAUGGUGGUUUGUGGGUAUUGUAUAAAACUUGUUUUGAAGAAGAAGAACCCAGUCACCCAAAAUUGAAAUCUACAACACAUGGUCCCUUUUUAUCAGAAUAUCAGUUGAUUUGACGAGAUUGUUUUGUUUCUUGAGAAAAUGGGUCCAAGAUUUCAGGUCUGCCUUUUUGUGAUUUUCAUUCAAAUUUUGGUUGUAGCAGCAUCUACCAACUCAAUUGAUGUUGAUGCUUUGAACGCUCUCAAAUCUAAAUGGAAGAACACGCCACCGAACUGGGUUGGGUCAGACCCUUGUGGCAGCAGCUGGGAUGGAAUUUCUUGCAACAAUUCACGAGUGACCUCCAUGGUAUUAGCAGGCAUGGAUUUGACAGGUUCCCUUUCCAAUGACAUCCUAUCAUUAUCUGAAUUGCAAUAUCUGGAUCUAUCUAACAACAAGGGUCUGACAGGAACUCUUCCAUCAUCAAUCGGGAAUUUGAAUCAGCUUACAACCUUAAUCCUCAUUGGUUGCAGUUUCUUUGGUCCAAUUCCGGACUCAAUAGGAUCUCUGCAGCAACUGGUCUUCUUAGCUCUGAAUGCGAACAGCUUCAGUGGACCAAUCCCGCCUUCCAUUGGAUAUGUGCAGACUUUGGAGGCCAUAUGCUUCAAUUGGAAUUCAUUAAAUGGGCCUGUUCCUUCAAACCUCAACAACCUUACAAGUGUCAGGGAGCUGUACUUGUCGAACAAUAAUUUGAAUGGACCUUCGCCCAAUCUCACAGGGAUGAACUUUCUCAACUCUCUGGACAUGAGCAACAAUAGUUUCAAUUCAUCAGCUGAUCAUCCAUGGCAUACAAGCCUAGAGGCUUUGACGACAUUAUUGGUUUUUGAUGACGUUUGGAGCAUAUUUGCAAAACAAGAUCAAGUGUUGAAUUAUUUAUUAUUUCCUGAACUGAUACUUAGUUGUAGUUGCAUAAAUCAAGAAUUGAGUGUUGAUUUUUUUUUGUGGACUCCACAUUAG